AUGACACGUGCCGAAAGAGAAGCACUAUCACAACGUAUUUGCAACUUUUAUCAUGAUGCAGCUAAUAAGUCCGUAAUAGUUACGGUAAAAUAUUUUAAAAAACAAAAUAUUCCUCAAAGUACAAUAUAUUAUAUAUUGAAGAAGUAUUUAAAAUGUGGAACUAACAAAGAUCAACCACGGUGUGGUCGUCCUUUAAAAAUAUCCAACAAAAAAUUAAAUAAUCUUGUUAAAUCAGUGAACAAUCGAUGUGGUUUAAGUCAACGAACAAUGGCACGACCACUCCACGUACAUCAGUCAACAGUUUCACGUAAUCUUAGAAAAAGAACAAUGGUGGUUAUAAGAAAACGUCAAAAAGCUCCCAAGAUGAAUAGUGAAGAACAAGAAAAACGAGCAAAGAAAAAUUGUGGAAAGUUAUAUCGAAAAAUGUCAACUGAUUGUAACUUGAUUAUGGACGAUGAAAAAUACUUUACAUUAAGUGGAAACAACGUAUACUGCAACCGCUAUUUCUAUUCCACAAAUCCAGCUACAACUCCUCCAAACAUAAAAUUUCGAAAGAAAGCAAAAUUUGAACCAAAAGUGAUGAUUUGGAUGGCAAUCUCCACGAAAGGAAUUUCCGACAUAUACGUUCACAAAAGCAAGUUAGGUGUUGAUCAACAAACAUAUUUACAAGAAUGUAUCAAUAAACGAUUAAUACCAUUUAUUAAUAAAUAUCAUUAUGAUGGAAAUUAUUUAUUCUGGCCAGAUUUGGCAAGUUCACAUUAUUCAAAAAUUGUGCAAGAACGUUUGAAUAAAAAAAACAUACCAUUUAUUUCUCGUAAUGAUAAUCCACCAAAUGUACCACAAGCUCGUCCAAUUGAACGUAUCUGGUCUAUACUCGAACAGAAAAUAUAUGCAAACAACUGGGAAGCAAAAACUAAAGAUCAUUUGAUUCGAAGGAUCAAACAAAAGGCAAAAGAACUUGAUCAACCAAUGUUGCAAGCCAUGAUGAAGGGUGUUCGAAAAAAGCUUCGGUCUAUGUGGCGAGAUGGACUCUAUUCAGUCUGUUAA